AUGGUGCACCCCGAUAAUAUCUCAAAAGAAUUAGUUUCUAUAUACGAUGUUUCUUCUAACGUUCAAGGGGUUAUCGUAAAGGCAGUAGAUGUCGGCGGUGACUUCAAUAACAAGCAAGAGUUUGAUGAUCGUGAUAGCAUGCUAACAUGGAUUUGUAGAACUGCAACUAGACUUGGUUUUGGUGUGGUAAUAGGAAUAUUGGAUGAUGGUUCGAAAAGAAGAAACGCUUUUGUAACAAUCAAGAAGUGGAAAUUUAGUGUUAUUUGUGGUUUGCAUAACCAUGAUUUGUGUUCAAAGUUACAAGGUCAUCCUAGUUUAUGUCGGCUCAAACCGGAAGAGAAGGCAUGUAUUAGUGACAUGACCUUGAAUCUUGUCCAACCGAAAAAUAUACUUACCAUAUUGAUACGGAAGGAACCCGACAUUGUAUCAAAUAUAAGUGCUCAUUCUCAUUCUACCUACAAGACCAACAAGUAUAUACUUCUAUUAUUUGAAAUGGUUGGUAUUACAUUUACAGAGAAGACAUAUGUCGUUGCUUUUUCUUUUUUGGAGUGUGAAAAAGAGGACAAUUUUACAUGGGCAUUAGAGGUGUUUUGGUCACUUUUGAAGGACCAAGUCGAGAUGCCUAAGGCGAUUGUUACGGACCGCAAUACCGCGUUGAUGAAUGCGGUAGCAAAUGAGAAGUUUGUUUGUGCAUGGACUGAUAAUGUCCGACACCUUGGGAAUACAACCACCAACAGAGUUGAGUCGGCACAUGCUAGUUUACAAAAUUGGUUGGGUAAUAGCAAGGGUGACUUGUGUCGAGAUUGGGACUUCCAAUAUGUCACGGCCUGGGUUGAACUAUAUUUUUCACGAGGUGAAAUUGUAGGUUUCGAUAGUGCAGAGUGUGGUUCCACUAUUUCUAAAACAUAUAGUCUCCCGUGUGCUUGUGUUAUUGCUAAAAAGAUGAAACUAGGUGAGCCAAUAAGAAUGGACGAAGUUAUCCCUCAUUGGAAAAGACUUAGUUUUGAUGAUGAUGGUUGCAUGGAAGGAGGUAAAUCGAAUAUCUUUAUUUCUACCGAAUUGGAAGCGAUACAAGAGAUAUUUUCGAAGGUCGGUGACAACAUGAAACUCCACAUCAAAGAACAAUUGAGGAAGAUUGGAUAUCCCGAAACGACCGGCAUGAAACUGCCUUCUCAACCGGUAAAUACAAAGGAUGCUCCGAAGAAAAUGAAGCCUACACCAAAUGUCAACUCGAUUACACGGUCUCCUUCUUAUUGUGAGCACGUUGAUAAACUUUUUCCCGACUCACCAACUCCUAAAUCUCAAAAAAGUUCCAUGAAAGGAGCUCGCAUAUGCAAACCACCUCCGACACCGAUUCCACUGAAAAUUCCAUUCAUCGAUGAGAUGUCGUUUUUAUGCACAAAUACAUUGAGCGGAUCGUCAAUGUUGAGGGGGAUGGUAAUUGCGGUUACCGGACCGUUUGGACUUUGCUCAGUAAAUAAGAGGAUAGCCAUGCGCUUGUCUGUCAUCAACUUAUACAAUAGUUGA